AUGACUACUUUUUUAUAAUCAACAUUUACAAUAUCUGAAAAGCCGAAUUAUGAGUUUUUAUUGAAUUAAGUAGAUAGUGACUCAGAUAAUGAAAGAUAGAAAUAGAAAUUAUAAUAAGUUCAUGAUCAUUAGAAGGAACACAAAAAAUUUAAGAAAUUGAUUGAUAUAGAGUUGGUUAAAGAGGAAUUGAAAAGCAGACCCAAUGUCGAAAAGCAAUUAAGUUCGUUUUAAAAGAAAUCAAUUUCAAAAAUAAAAAGUGUCCGUUCUCUGAAUGAUCUUAUAAUGCCAACUUCUCCAGUUUUAAUGGAUCAAUUAGGCAAUUUGAAUAAAAUAAAAGAGAUACGAAGCGAAGUGCCUCCAGAAUUAAUGGGUAGAAUUUACUCUGAAUUUAGAUAUGAAUUUGUGUCUGCCUUAAAUCCUGUGUAUCGCUAGGGAGAUUAGAAUAAAAGAUUUUAUAUUGUGCUAGAAGGGAAGGUAGUAGUGAUGAAACCAAAGUUAAAGAUGGUGGGUUCCAGUAAAAUAGAAUUUGAUGAUAACUUGAAGUAAAAAAAUCAAGGCAAAACUGAAGAUGAUCCAUUUGGAUUAAAAAUUCUGUUUCCUGAUUACAUUAUACUAAAAAUUUUAUUUCCAGGAGACUCUUUUGGAGAGGCAGCCAUUAAAUUAGAUACCACCAGAUCAUCAACUGUUUUUACUUUGGAGGACACUCACUUAAUCUAUUUGAAUGAAACAGCUUAUCUCGAAUAUAUUAAUCCAUAUUUAAGUAUUGCUUUGGAUAAAAAAAUGAAAUACUUUGGAUCAACUCCACUCUUUCAAAAUAUCAGUACAGAAGACUAUAUGGGUAUAGUUUUGGAAAGUAAAAUGAUCACAAUGAAAGCAGGAGAUCUAUUUUAUGAGGAAGGAGAGAAAACUAAAUACUUAUAUUUUAUAAUGAAUGGGGAAAUCGAAUUGUUAAAAAAAGUGGGAAGCAAAUCUAUAAUUUUGUCAUCAUAUGGGGAAUUUCAAUGUUUUGGUGAGGUUGAAAUAAUGAUGAAAAUAAAUAGAUAUACGAAAGCAAAAGUGAUUUCCCCAAGAGUUAAUUGUUAUAAAAUCAGAAAGAGAAGGUUUUUUGAUAAUUUAGGCAGUUUUGGAACUUACGAAAACAUGAAAAAACACUCAUCUGUUAUUUAUAAGCAUUGGUAAUUGAUCUGCAAUAGUGUGUAAAAAUAGAUUAAUCCAAGAGAUGAGGUUUAUGAAGCCGCUUAGAAUGACAAUAAAAAUAGACCAAACUUAUUGGCCAGUUCUAUUUUGAAUAAGAAGGUCAUAGAGUCCUAAGGUUAAAAGCUAAGUUAAAUUAAAGUGUUUUAGAAUUUGGCUGAUUAAAAGAUAAAGGAUUUGAAACAAUUUAGUAGUGAUAAUCAGUAUCUUCUGUAAAGAGUGUAUAGCAAUACUCUGUAACAAUACUAAGCUAAGUUAUUGAAGAAACCUUAACUAGCAUUUUGUGAUUCUGAUGCAUCAUGCAUAAGAAACUAAAAUCAAAACAAAUAACUUACUAACUUAAGUAUUAACCAUGAUGAUAAUUCCACAAGAAACCCUUUAAAUGAAAAUAGUAUUGAUCUUAAGUUAAGCUCCAAUAGAUCAUCAGUCUUUAUAAAAAGAGAGAGUUAGUAGAAGAUAUCACUUCCCUCUCUACAUCCAUCCUUGCAUUUUGUUAGACAUGAACCCUAGUCUUUAAACUCUGUUUUAGAAUCCAUAAGCAAAUUGCCUCGUGUUCCAAAAGAUAAUUUGGUCUUAUCUUUGAUGUAUUAACAAGCAUACAAAGCUGAGAAUCCGACUAGGAAAGCCAGAGAGAUAUAGCAGGAAUGUAUAGAACAGAUUUUAACCUUAAAAACGUUAUUUAACAGAGAUUUAGACAAAAUCAAAUGA